UAGCAGCGCGGUGUCCGCCCGGAUUGGAGCAGCAGCAUCACGCUGACCUCUGCCUGGGAUGUAAACCGGGACAGGCGCUGCGGGCAGAGGAAGGCUCUCGUCUCCUCCGGGAAACCCAGCACCGCGGGGCUCCGAGCGGCUCGCAGGGCCUCGAUCCGGGCAGCGCCCAGCGGCGGCUGCGGGAAGCGGAGGGAGCCCGGCGCGGGCGCGGGCGGGAAGCGUGCGUCCGCUCGCACAGGCAGCGGGAGGAGGGGCGGCGCGAGCCAUGGCCGGGGACAGCGAGCAGACCCUGCAGAACCACCAGCAGCCCAACGGCGGCGAGCCCUUCCUGAUCGGCGUCAGCGGGGGCACGGCCAGCGGCAAGUCUUCCGUUUGUGCUAAGAUUGUGCAGCUCCUUGGACAGAAUGAGGUGGACUAUCGCCAGAAACAAGUGGUCAUCCUGAGCCAGGAUAGCUUCUACCGUGUCCUCACUUCAGAGCAGAAGGCCAAAGCCCUGAAGGGCCAGUUCAAUUUUGAUCACCCGGAUGCCUUUGACAAUGAACUCAUCUUCAAAACACUCAAAGAAAUCACCGAAGGGAAAACAGUCCAGAUUCCCGUGUAUGACUUUGUCUCCCAUUCCCGGAAGGAGGAGACGGUCACUGUGUACCCCGCGGACGUGGUGCUCUUUGAAGGGAUCCUGGCCUUCUACUCCCAGGAGGUGCGGGACCUGUUCCAGAUGAAGCUUUUUGUGGACACAGAUGCAGACACUCGGCUUUCCCGCAGAGUAUUAAGGGACAUCAGCGAAAGAGGGAGGGACCUUGAGCAGAUUUUAUCUCAGUACAUUACGUUUGUCAAGCCUGCCUUUGAGGAAUUCUGCUUGCCAACAAAGAAAUACGCUGAUGUGAUAAUUCCUAGAGGUGCAGAUAAUCUAGUGGCCAUCAACCUCAUCGUGCAGCACAUCCAGGACAUCCUGAACGGAGGGCUCUCCAAACGGCAGACCAAUGGCUAUCUCAACGGCUAUACCCCUUCACGCAAGAGGCAGGCUUCAGAGUCCAGCAGCCGGCCGCAUUGACCCCCGUCUCCUUCGGACCCUGGCCCCUAUCUUCAAGAGACAAGAGGAGGGGUUAGGAGGCACUGUUCAUCUGUACAUAUGGUUUCCUAUGACAUUGCUGUAUUUAAGAAAAGACCAUGGAGAUGAAAUGCCUUUGAUUUUUUUUUUUUUUUUUUUUUUUUUGUACAUUGGAGCGGCAGAAUGAAACAGAACUUGACCCUGAGCUUAAAUGACAAACUGUGCCAACUACUACUGGUGAUGCCUAAUUAUGAAUCCAACGUGUAACCAGUUAUAAAUACAUAUAUAUAUAUAAAAGGAUCUAUUUUUGUGUAAAUGUACAAAUACUGUAAAGCUGUUUGCCAUAAGUAUUUUGCAGGAGGACCUGUACUUGAGUGUUUUGGGACUGGAGCUGGAGUCUCACCAAGGGGAAACUGCCUGUUGUGUUCCAGGUGGGGCCAGCUCAGGCGUCUGUGUGGGAGACGGGGGUGAGGAGGGAGGCUCAUGUCUCAUUGCUCUGAGUACCUAUGGGACUCGAGGGGAGUAGAGUUGGGGACCUUUGGUUGUCUUCCCUACCAGAUGCCGCCUUCUUGGAGCAGAACUCAAUGAUAUGUCGAUGAUACUCUUUUCUUUUUUUCUGAGUUGAAAUUAGGCAAGACCUCCACUCAAAGAUCAAACUCAGGGAAGAGGCCCACUGAGGAGAACAAGUCUUCUGCGUUUUCUUCUUGGCCUGCGCCCGACCUCUGGCUGCUUGGGGAGCUCCCUAACUCCUUUCCUACUCUCCCCCUUCUCAGUCUCUCCAAAAGCCAGAGCUGCCUCUCUCUCCUUCCCUGAUGGGGACUUGAUGGGGUUGCUUCCUGACAGAAUGGGGAAGGAGGGAUAGAACCGUGCCUGUUGAUGUCGGAGGAAACCCUGGUUUCUCCUGCCUCCCAGGGAAGUCAGUGAUCAGAUCCCUUGGGCUCUUUCCUGGAUUGUGGAGUGCACAGUGGCCCCUUGCAGCCUGGGCUUGGAUUGAGGACCUCUGCUGGCUGAAGGACAGCUGGCAGCCCCUCACAGGGUGGGAAGAGAGCUCUGCCUGUGUAGGGAGUAGUCUCUUUUGUUCACCGAGGCGUGGUGGUUUACAGCAAGAUGAGGGUAGCGUGUACCUUUCAGCAGCGAUUGUCACUAGCAGUAUCACAGGCAACCUGAUUUACUUACUUACAAUACUGCUGCCUGAUAUGGUGGCUGCUUGGUAUGUAGAGCAGGGAAGAAGAAAGAGAGUAUUUAAGUCAUAGUUGGAGUCUUAGGUUGAAAACAUUUGGGGUGAAGAAUUCCGACUUUCCCGAGGGCUCCCUCUUGUUGGAAAUUUCCUUCUUUGCAAGAAGUACAGAUUCCUCAAGAUUCUUGGUGGAGGGGUAGAGGAAAUGGGGGGACCAAGCAAGAUCAAGGAAGUAUGAUUAUAAGUCCUAAAGCCUCAGCUUUUAAGUGCAGAAGAGCCAGAGCCUUGUCAUUUCCAUGUUGACCAUCUCAGUGCCUGGCAGGCUAUGCCCUUAGUUAUUCCAUGUGGCUGCCACUGCCUGGAACAUUUUGGGGAACUCUUCUCCUUCCUUUGCUUUCAUAGGCCGUUGGAGCCAUUCAGGUAAAUCUGAUGCCAUUACUCUCUGGUCACCCUGAAUUGUCCCCUUAGACCUCAGCACCAUCUCGUUUGAUUCCCCUUUUCUGGUCUCAAGUUGAUUCUAAAUUCUGUUUUGCUGUUUCAAAAAAUCAGACAUGAUCUCCAUCAGAGCUUUGCCACCCCUGAGACAUUCAGGAGACUGUGCUACAGGCUCUGGAGGGAGCCCCCAAUGGCAGCAACCACCUGGUUGGAUCAAGGGAAGGCUCCCGAGGUGCCUCCUUUGAAGGCCGGUACUCAUUGGGAUGGAUAAGUUCUGGAGUAUGUGUUUCAGAAUCAGUAUUUGUUAUCUUUCUAGUCAUGCCUUGUAGGGUUCUGAGAUGAAGGGUGGGUGGCAGGCCUGGGUUAGGAUCCUGAGGAUCCAAGGGCCUCUUGCCUUGGUGGGGCCUGUGUGUGCUCAGGAGAAGCCCAUCCCCAUGUAGGGGGAGCCCCGGCCUUUCGGUGGGUAGCACGCUCCACUUUACUUGAAGCUCCCAGGUGCCAAACCAUUUAGUGCCUUGGCUGUGUAUCCCACUGCCUUGGAAGAUGGAUUCUUCUCAUCUCUGAGCCUUGACUUACUUAGCCGCUUCCUCAUCUACCUAUGGUGUUGGGACCAAGCCUCCAAUGUCGCUGAGUAGCCCAGUGCUAGCUGGGCAACAACUCUAGGGCUGCCCUGCCUCCUGGUAGAACCAUCAUCAAUUCUUGGUGGCUGGGGUGGGGGCACUGGGCCAUGCUCACUGGGCAGCGCUGAUGACUCCUCUGGUUGUGUGACACACUGCGCCUGAGGCAACGAAGGGCUGGGAAGCUCUGCCCCUCUAUGGCAACCACAGCAUUUGGCCAACAAGUAUCUGGUCUUGAGCUUUCUAAAUGACAAAUCCUGGACUUGAUAUUUUCAGAGCUCUCUGAUUCCAUUGGAGAGUCAGGGGAAAAAUCAUUAGGCCAGAAAUCAUGACACGAGUCAUCUGGGUCCUCUGCUGUCCAGGGAGGAGACACCGAUGAGCAGACUGGAGCAAUGUCGGUUGUGUGUGUAUGGGAAUCCCUUGGCUUCAGAGCCACCCAACGGCACUUGCUUCUCCCUUCCUGCCCAGGUAUUGUCCGUGGACCAAGUGUUUAGGACACAAGCAUCCAAGCUGUGUCAUGGGAAGGCCUGGCCUCACACUCCUUCACGCUAAUGGGGCUUCUGCUGACCCAGGUUUCUUUUUUUUUGGGGCAGCCUGAGACCAAUAGGAACAGAGAGGUGGGAGUCUGUAUAAGGAAGAUGCAAGUGUUGUGACCCCAGGUGUCCUUUGAUUUGGAGUGGAUAGGGUGAGCCCUCGAAGAGGCGGUGGUUAGACAACAGGAUCUCUGAAGAGCAGUCUGGGGCAGGGUGGGAGAGAAAGGUCUCCAGUUCACCCUUCGGAACCAGUUGUUCCUGCAACAACCCGCUCUGGCCUUGGCGGCUAGGCGGUCGUAUGUACACUGGCUUCCUGCCUCUCCUGGGCUCGGAAUUGGACACUUGUCUCCAUGCCCAGGGUGGGCUGCCAGUUUCAUUAGGCCACUAGGUCAGGCUGAAGGCUCGCACGCUCCUCAGAGCUGUUGGGAAGCAGGAGGGACUGGAGCCCAGCUCGUUUGUGCAUCACCUGCUUUGCUGCCCUUGUGCAGCUUCCUUGACUUUGCAGCCUGGACCUUUGCUAGCGCCCAAGGCCAUUGGAGGGAAAGAGUAGCCUCUUGCAGGAAAGAGUUUCCUCUGCCCUGAAGUCUCCCAGCUGCCUGUCAGCCAUUCCAGAGCUGUUCUGGGAAGGGCCGACUGGACUUCCCUACCAUUCCUGCUCUUCACCUGUGCUUCGGGUGGAGUGGGGGAGACAGUCGUGGUGUCAGAUGAAACAAGGGAGAGAGAGGUUGGAAAGAUCAUCAUGGAGUCAGGAGCUCCGAGUCCCCUUGGAUCUUUUGUCUCUGAGCCCUCUGCUGCCCUGCUUGGGCCAGGUACCUGAUGUGGCUGUCAGCUUCCUUGCUGCCCUUAGAGGCAUGAGUGCCUAGCCGGUCCUGCCUCAGGAACAGGGUGAGUAGCUAAAGCAAGACUUAGGCUUUUUUUCCUUCUUUCAGAUGCUUGCUCUUCUCCUUUUCUUUCUGCUGCCCUGCCUUUAUUGUUAGUAGUUAACGGAAAUGACCACAUACUAUGUACUUUGCUGUAAAUAAAGACUGAACCAAAAGA